UGGUUUGCUUUCAUAAAAUAAACCGCGUGAUGUGAAAUAGUGAACAUGCAAAACAAAAAAGGCAAAUGACGUCACUGGAAAUUAAUCCGAAUCUUUCCGAAUCUAUAUCUUUUUCUCGGCUCUUCGUUGAUAUUCAAACUACGAAACAGUUUGAAUUUGAAUGGAUGAGAACACUAUCGUGAUCGAACGUGCCACCAGUCUGAUCAAGAGCUGUAAAGUUCCCCGUCUGGCUCGCAGUGUCGAUGAAGCACAACUUCAGCCGGCAACGUUUCAGACUUUUCUAGCCAUCAUAAACGACAGGUUACCGAAAAUAUUUGACUUGAUAUCUCAACACGAAGCUCAACUUGUUUCACAUGAUGAUUUUAACCAGGACAAUUUGGAGUUCCGAUUAAGUUUUGUUCUCAUUAUUACGGAGCAGCUAUACGUUACUGGUGAGACGUAUGACUUUCAAACCGAUCGUCAUUCGCUUCAAGAGCAGAUCAAUCGCAUAUACGAUGGAGGCCUGAUGGAACAGCUUCUUACCGGAAGUGGAAGCGAUCGACUACUAAAACGAUUGUGGGAUCAUUACCAGUUGACUUUGUGCGGUAAAGAGUGGUUUUAUAACCCGGCAGAUGUACUCAGCUUCGUUCGAAUUUGCGAGUUUCUGUACGGAAACCUUUUGGUAACUGCAACCAAACUACCACAGACAAUUUCAUCUUUUAUUCUUUCGGUUGGAAUUUCUCUGACCGAAUAUCAUGAUCCAGAGUAUGAGCUACUUGGGCUACGAUUAUUCAACGUAUUACUGAAUGAGACGCACAGUGCAAUUCUAAAAGAGUUAAACAUUCAUCAGGUAGUGUUCGAUAGUUCCUUUAAGCUGAAUGCUAAGUCGAAAAGUGAAAAGUUUCUGAGAGAACUAUGGCGGUGUUAUUUUCAAUAUAUUAAAAUCGCACAAACUGGUCGAAAAGAUUUUAGUGAGUGGACCGCGUUAGACGAUGUCCUAGAAGCCUUGCUAGAUGGGCUAGCCUUUGAGCAAAAUCUGUCUCUCUCAUCAAUACUGCUGCUGUACUUGCUAAAGUUUCUAACACUUGAUCUACCUGAUUUCUUGAUCGACGAUUUAGACGAUAUACAAGCCAUCGAUAGCAGAUGUCACCUGUAUGAACCAGUACUAGAGCAAUUGAGAAAAUACUGCUCACUAGAGUUUCAUAAUCGACGCUUCUACCGAUGGCAUCGAAGACUGCUCUCGAUUCUGCCGUUCGAACUGGAAAAAUCCUGUGGAAGCAGCCGGGAUCAUGGAAAAUACAUGCACGGCGUCAAUCUACUCUUCGUACUGGUUGUGUUCCCAAUAGAGUCGGAAGCAGCAGGACAGCUGCUUGAUAUGCAAUUGGCGUUACUAGAUUUCAUUAUAGCCUUCAAGCGGCAUAUGCGCGAACAGUAUGCCAGGAUACAAGCACUGACGGGGAAAUGUGACUUUCUACAUUCACUGAAGGCAUCAGUAUCUUGUGAUAAGUCGAUAGCCGUUUUUGCUAGACAAGUGGCUGUUAAGUAUUUUGAUAAAAAAACCGAGUUUUGGAAUUCAAUUGGUACAAGCGAUACCGAAGAGUCUUAUCAGGAGGAUAGAAUUUUCUACGAGUGUUUGAAGGAAUUGCAGAGCAGAUGCUAGUAGCAUUCGAAAAUCAUUGCAAAAAAGAAAUCAGGUCCAAUACAAACAAUAACAAAGCAAAUUUCGAAA